UCUUUCGUUUUGAGAAGCUCAGCCUGGUUUUGACAAUAAGCAAUAGGAUCUGCAGACAAAAGUAGCAUAUAAGAAAGUAUGGGCUACAAUGCAGAAUUUAGCAAAUGUCCUGGUAGUAAAACCCAAGAUUCUUCAUUUCUCAGGCCAUGGGAAGAGAGGAGCUGGAGAAGGAGAGAACGACUUCCUAGUUCUUGAAAAAGAAAAUUUUGAAAACGAUAAUCUCACAGGCAAAAUGAUUAAAGAGCUCUUUGCCCAAAACAAAGAGAAGGACGACAUGAUUAAGGUAGCCGUUGUCCUCUCAUGAGAAUCUCAAAAGGUUGGAGAAGUCUUUGAGAACGCUGGUAUUGGCCAUGUCAUUUGUAUCCGAAGAGAAUGAGAAGUUGAUGACCACGCUUGAUUAGAAUUUGUCAAAACAUUUUACAAUUCCUUACUGAUAGGAAAAUAAAUGAUCAGUAUGAGAAGCUUUUGAACAAGCUAAAGCUGCAGUAAAGCAUAAAAUGAAAGCGACAGAAGCAAACAAAUUCCUCUGAUUGUCUGACCAUAGAAACAAAGUGAAUCAAUGCAGAACUGUCUUCCAAUUAGAUCUUGGAGAUUCUCAUAAUCUAAGUGUGAAGCCAAAAAUUGAAGCUUUACCAAAUCGAGAAAGAACAUUAAUUGGAAGAGAACAAAUUAUUGUGAGGGUCAUGAAAGAAUUUGAGAAUAACCAAAGAUGUGUCUGGUUCACUGGGGAUCAUGGAAUAGGAAAAUCAGCUAUAGCUAAAGAAAUUGCCCAUCUUUUCUAUGAUAGGAAUUAUUGAAGAGAUGGAGUUUUAUACUUAGCUUUAAAGGAAGUAGAUAACAUUGAGAGCUAUAUUGAUACUUUAUUUAAGACCAUGAAGCACUCACUCAAAGAUUUAAAAAUGAUAAAUGAUCUGAACUCUUACACGAAUGCAAGUCCUGAGACUAUAUACCAUGCCUGUCUCUCUAGUAUAUCAAACUUCGAAGUUUUAGUCAUCUUAGAUGAUUGAGCUUCCUUGAUGGCUAGUGUUGGUUUAAAAAUAAUAGAUGAUUUUUCGAAAUAAAGUUCAGAAUUCCAAGAUAAUUCUUACCUCAAAGAUAAAAGAGAAAAUGUCUCUUAGUAGAGACGGAAGAUUGGAGUUGUUGUAUUCCAAGGAAAUAUCAAUUGGCAAACUGCCUGAUUAUUGAAUAUAUUGUCUAAUCCAACCCGUAAAGAAGGAUCGCUUGACAUUUGAAAGAGAGUGAAGAGAACUUUGUAAAACUACAUCUCAUGUAGAUGAGAAAAAUAAAUGCAAGAAUUUCCUUGAGCAUAAACUCAUUAAGCUUUUGAAGGGAAAUCCUUUGUGAGCUCUGCUAGUUUCUUCAAAUGCUGAUGAUACUUCGAUUUCUGAAAUUUAUAGACAGGUUGAGAAAUCUGCUAUGAACAAGAAGGAUAUUAACUUAGUUAUGGCUUGGAAUAUCUCCUUGAAAUACAUUUCAGAUAAAAGCACAGCCAUUCUGGAAUGCUUGAACCAUCUUUCAUUAUGUCCUGAUGGCCUUGGAAAUACAGACUUAAUACAGAUCUCACCAAAAUGGAACGAAAAGUGGAUAAAUAUUUUAAAAAAGAAAUCUAUGAUUACUGAAAAAGAGAUUUAUGAGGAAGAAUACACAAUGAAGAAGGAUCUUAGCAGAUCAAGGAGUAAAAGAAAAUCCAAAAGCAUCAGAAAAAGCAGAGUUGACAACGAUGUACUAGAAAUUGUCUAUAAAAUGGAGCCAAAAUUUAGAGAAUAUGUUGCAGCAACACUAACCCCAAAAUCUUCGAAGAAAUAUGAUGAAAAUAUUGUAAAAUUUAUGAACUCAAAAAUGGAAGAAUUGCUACAUGCAUCAAACAGAGAAAUUGGCUUGCUAGAAAUUUAUGAGGAAAACCUUUGGGAAAUCUUAGAAAGACUAAGAAAGGAAGUUGCCAAGAAAGGUGGUAUUCAAUUGUUAAACCACUCUAUCACUAAAGAUCAAAAGAAAAUUAAUGAAAAACAGUUCUGCAGACAAAUUUCGAGAUUGAACACCUUUGCCGGAGAGAAAAGAAAAUAAGCCAAAGGCUGACAUAAGUAUUACAAAAUUGUUUGCAAUGAAAAAGUUCAAGAUGAUGGAAGAACCAACUCUUGAAGAACUUUGCUUCACAGGGAAAUACGAAAAUACUGAUACUGAACCUCAAGAUUCAAAAAUUGGUAUGGAUAAGAAUAAUUCUUCUCAAAGAGGAAUAGGAGGAUCAUUGUUCUGCUCAGGGAUAAUCAAUAGCCCUCGAAGUAGGAUGCAGCAAUCUCAGAAAAUAACCAAGUUCAUGGUUAAUAAAAUAAUAGGUUUGAAUAUGGAAAAGAUAGAAGAAGAAAAAGAUCAUUUAGGAGAUUCGACGCCCAAACCUGCAAAUCUUUCAAAAUGGAAAUCUACAGGAGAUAAUAUACCAAAGCUGAUAUUUCCUAAUAAGCAAUCAAGUGGACCCCCAUUAUACCCACAAGAUCCUAAAAAUAAAAGAAUUGAGGCAUCAUUCCAAGGUUUGGAUCAGAAUAAUAAAAUUGAGGAAGAAAAGGAGCUCCAAAGCUUUGAGUAUAGCUCCUCUGACCAACUUGAAGGGGGUAGUGAAGAAGCAGAAGGAGAGGAAGAUUUCUCAAGCUUUGGAGAAAGAACGUGUAAUAGUCGGCAGGAUAAUAAAGAGGAAGAUAAUCAUAUGGCUAUGAGUCCUGUAAAUCAUGAAAAUUUCAAUAGAGCAAGCAAAAGAUAUAUAGAAACAGGAAAGAGAACUGAUGCUAAAUAUUUGGAUCAAGCAAAGAGUGUAAUGAAGUCAGAGAACACUGAUAAUUGUGAUAAUACCAAAAUGAAACAAAAAGCAUUAAAGAAAACACCCUUAGACACCUUGAAUGAAGAACAGCAUUCUGAGGUCAGUAGAGAUGAUAGAAGUAUGGAAACUGACUCUGAUCUAAAAUCAAUGGAGGAGAAAGAACAAUUUUUGAAGAAAUAUGAUAGAAAUGCAUCUCUAAUAAGCAAUAAAGACACACUUGGAAGAAUUAGUACUCAUAAUGAAAAAGCAAAGAGUACUCUUAGCAAUAAAAGAAUAUCUAGAGAGGCGAAAGAACUCAAAAUUCAUGAUAAAUUUGUUAUUCUUUUUGCUACUCUUCUUCUGAGAUCAGAACGGAUCAAUGAUUCUUUUGAUGUUUGCAAUAUUUAUGGAAGAAAAUUACUACAAGAUAAUGAGCUAACAAGAGCCAAUAUUUAUAAAAUCCUUGCUCUGACAUGCUUGGAAACGGGCACUGAUGGUUCAACUCCGAAAGCAUUAAAGCAUUGUGAUAAAGCAAUGCAGAAAUUUAAGAACAUUCAGUGUUUAGAAGGAAAAGUCUGAUGCAUGCUAAUUAAAAUAUUGAUUAUGCAACUCCUAAAAUAUGAUAACGACUCUGAUUAUUCAGACGAAGAAAAUAGUUUUGAUUCUGACGAAAACAACACUGAUACUGCAAUUUCUAAAAGGAUAGCUAAGCUGAUAUCAGAGACUACGUCAAUAUUGCCAACCCUUAAUACAUAUUUCUCAGAAUAUCACUGAGAAAGAAUUUCUGAAGAAUUAAAUAAAUCUGAAGAAGAGAAGAGGCCUUAUCAUCUUACAUCUAUUCCCUCCCUUCAAAAAUUUGUAAGGAAUCCAAUCCUGAAAUAUAAAUGACAAGAAGUUCAUUCUAAGCCUUCAAAGCCUUCAAAGCCCAUUCGUAAUAAUACCAAGAAAUCAGGAGGCUUCAUUUCAGACGAAAAGAUAGACUAUUUACUAAAUAACAUUGGUUCUAAAUUUGAUCAUGUAUUUCAAAAGCUUGACACAGCUUUAUUCAGACUAGACAAAGUAGAGACUACUGUAAUGAGAGACACGAAAGAAUAUCCAACCUUUGAAGCUCCUCCCCAUCCACAUCAUAAUACUCAAAAGAUGAUACAGGCUUUUCCUCUUAAUCAAGGAAAAAGGAAUGAAAAGAGAGAGCGGAAUGAUAGAAGAAAAUCUGGUUCCCAGUCAAGAAUGCAAAAGAAUUCUGGAAUACCUAAAGAAAAAAUUUCAGAGCAAUAUAGAAUUAAUAUAGAAGUUCCUCAAAAAGCAAAGAAACAGAGAAGGCAAAGUAUCAAUCUAAAUACAAGCAAUCAACAACAGUAUUUUAAUUCAAACAAGAAUUUUGAAGCAAGAAAUAAGGGCAAUUCAUCAAAAAGAAGAAAUUCCGAAAGACAAUAUAACCCUUCUAAAUUCUCUGCAGUAAAUACUAAUUCAAAAAUCAUCGAAAAGAGUGAUUCAGUAAAGAAUACAAAAAGAAGAGCAAGAAAAUCUCAAAGAGCUUCGAUAGAGCCUUUGCAAUCAGAUACCCUGCUACAAACCUCAAAACCCCAUAAACAAUCUUCACAAUGGAGAAAAUCCAGAAAAAUCUCUCAGGAAAAAGAAAGAUUAUACUCUUCUCUAUCAACCAAUCUCGCCAAACAUCCCACUCUAAAACAACCUAGCCUCCAACUCCCCUACAGCUUCACUCUUCCUCCCCCAGGCACCACCCACCCCACUCCCAAAUCCACCUACUGCUCCAAACCCGGCUUCAGCUACACCUCCCAAUACACCUGCCCUACCUUCACCAAUCUCAACAGAAGCGGCCUGAGCAAAUUCUAUUCCCAAAAAUAACUAAUC